AUGGAUUUUCGAUUUAAUUUUGUUAUUGAUGAAAAGGAGGACAAUGAACCAGACACUCAUGAUAAGCUGGACUUAAAGCACCAAGAGGAGACACCAGCAAAGCAAAAGGUAUCUUUUAAAGCUGCCAAGGAGCACGAGAUGCCUGAAGAUCUCAACAAAAUAUUGGAAAACAAAGCCAUAGAAACAGUAUCAGGCCUGUAUUACAUCAACAUGCCUCUGGUGGAAAUCUCCUGUCUGGAUGGUGCAGACAGGGAAGGCAUCGUGUCCAAAAGUGUUUCCUCUCACUCCGAUCUCAUCCCAGGAGUCUAUGAGGGAGGACUGAAAAUCUGGGAAUGCACCUUUGAUCUCAUCGACUACUUUUCCGAGGCUGAAAUACAAUUUACCAACAAGACUGUGUUGGAUCUUGGCUGUGGGGCUGGACUGCUGGGAAUAGUUGCUUUAAGGGGCGAGGCUGCAAAAGUCCAUUUUCAGGACUACAACAGCACUGUGAUUGAGGAAAUAACUUUACCUAGCCUGGUGGCUAACUGCACUGAAUGCAGUAAGAUGGGCAGUGGAGACAACAGGAAAACUGGCACACCUCCUUCAAAGAGGCCCAAGAAAGUGAAGUGUUUACCUGAUGCACUCACCAAGUGCAGAUUCUUUUCUGGAGAGUGGUCUGAAGUCAGCCAGCUCCUGUUAAGCAGCAACAAAGGCUUUUCAAAGUACGAUUUAAUUCUCACAUCCGAGACAAUCUAUAAUCCUGACUACUACAGUGCUUUGCAUGAUACACUGGCUCAGCUCUUGGAUAAAAAUGGCCGUGUGUAUUUGGCAAGCAAAAUACAUUAUUUUGGAGUUGGUGGUGGCAUCCACCUCUUUGAGAAAUUCGUGGAAGAGAGAAAUGUGUUUAGGUCCAGCAUAGUUAAAACAAUCGAUAAAGGACUGAAGCGAUGCAUUAUGGAAAUGGUCUUUAAAGAUUCCAGCUAAAACUCAAGCACUGGUCCUCCAAAAACAUCUGAAAGAUGAAACAUUUUAAUACUUUUAUCUCGUUGGUUUGUCCUCUGCUGAGUUACUGUGGCCUGGAAAAUUAAAGCAGCUUUUUACUCGUUAUUGAAAUGUUUGACAAAUUAUGAUCUCUGACUAGCAGUGAAGGACUCUUCUGAUUCUGCAUAUUAAAAACUGCUUAAACUACCA